GACCGCUCGGGGCUUAGCGAACCUGCUCCUCAAACCAGCGCCACGAGUUCACCAUCCCGAUGCCAACACGAGAGCCUCCCGCCGGCACAGGCGCCCGGCCUGCCCCCGCCAGCUGUGCCUGGCUCCCGGGCUCUCCGCCAGCCGCCGCCCGCCCCAGCGGCUGUCACCGCCUCCCCCCCACGCGGGCCCCGCUGCCUUCCCAGCGCGGCACCGGUGGGGGCAGCGACGGAGACGGCGGAGGGUGCUCGGCCCCGGGGCCGCGCCAGGGCCGCCGCCAGGGAGGCGCCGCUGCGGCCGGGCGGUGUCGCUGCUGGCCGCCGUCAGCGCCGCCCGCCCCGCUUAACGCGCCCGGGCGCGGUUCGGUGGCUGGGGAGCUGUGGAGGUGGCGGUGAGGUGCGGAUGCCCCGGCAGGCGUCUGAGGCGUGGAGGCGGUCUGACGGCGAAGCCUCGUCAGCGGGUCCCCCUCCCUCGGCCGCAGCCGCCUUCCCCCGGGCUUUCAGGAGGCGGCGGCAGCGGCAGCAGCGCCGCCGGAGCCCGGCUCCUCGGGGGGCAGCCGCCGCUGGCAGGGCGGGCGGCGGGAUCAUGGCCGCUCAGCCCCCGCACACACAGCGGCUGCUGCUGCGGUGCAGCGUGAAGCUGCUGCUCGCCAGGGAGGAGCUGCCGGCGGGGCUGCAGCUCGCCGGCCCGAGCCAGAGCGCCCUGCAGCUGGAGGUGCAGCCGGGAGAGGAGGACGCGGACGUCACGGUGACAGACGCUGAUGGAGUCUGUGUGUUUAAAUGCUUGGUUAACAGAGACACUGAAUACUGUCGUGUGGGAAAACAGUCUGUGUUAAUUACGCUGGGAUACCACAGUGCCUUGCUUCAUUUCAAAUCACAAGCUGAAUACAAUACAUUUUCAAAUGCAUUGAACAGAUCCUGUAGCCAAAAGAAGGAGAACUCUCUGUUCAGUCAGCGAACAGAUGAAGCAUCUGCUGCUCAGUAUUUUCAGUUUUAUGGCUGUCUAUCUCAACAACAGAACAUGAUGCAGGAUUUUGUGAGGACGGCCACUUAUCACAGAGCUAUCCUACAGAACCACAUAGAUUUUACAGACAAGGUGGUCCUAGAUGUUGGCUGUGGAUCAGGAAUCCUUUCAUUUUUUGCAGUGCAGGCUGGAGCUAGAAAAGUCUAUGCAGUUGAAGCCAGUUCAAUGGCAAAAUACGCAGAGCUGUUGGUGAGAAGCAACAACCUUUCUGACAAGAUCACAGUUCUGUCUGGAAAAAUUGAGGAGAUCUCCCUGCCUGAGAGUGUGGAUGUGGUAAUUUCUGAACCGAUGGGUUAUAUGCUGUUCAAUGAAAGGAUGCUGGAAAGUUACCUCCAUUCCAAAAAAUGGUUGAAAUCAAAUGGAAUGAUGUUCCCAACAUACAGUGACAUUCAUUUGGCUCCUUUUUCUGAUGAGCAGCUGUACGUGGAACACUACUCCAGAGCCAAUUUUUGGUACCAGGAAUGCUUUUAUGGGGUCAACCUGUCCAGUCUGCGCAGUGUGGCUGUGGAUGAGUAUUUCAGACAACCUAUCGUGGAUACUUUUGAUGUGAGAAUUCUGAUGGCCCGGACAGUGAAGUACACUGUGAACUUCAUGGAAGCUGCUGAAGAAGAUUUGCAUAGAGUGGAAAUCCCUUUUGUUUUCCAAAUGAUGCAGUCUGGACUAAUCCAUGGCCUGGCCUUUUGGUUUGAUGUGGCAUUUGUAGGAUCACUGGUAACUGUUUGGUUGUCCACUGCACCGACAGAACCUCUCACUCACUGGUAUCAAGUCCGCUGCCUUCUUCAGACACCCCUCUUUGCUAAAGAGGGGGAAACUCUCUCAGGAAAAGUCUUAUUUGUUGCCAAUAAGAGACAAAGUUAUGAUAUUCAGAUUAUGGCUGUGGUAGACCAGACAGGAUUUAAAUCUGGUAACGUUCUUGAUUUAAAGAAUCCAUUUUUCAGGUAUGCCUAGAACAUACUGUAAUAUGGCAUCUGAAAACGGAACUGAGAUUCUCACCAAGCUGAGUAACCAGUGAGACUGAAACCAGUUCAAUUCUUAGCAGGCUUGUGUAAAAUCAAUUUGUAACUGUCCUUAUCUGUAAUUGUAUGUGAGUUGCAUAAGAAGGGAACAUUGUGGUUCCAGCUCUUUUUCUUUUUUUUUUUUUAAUUGAAAUUCCUCCUGUGCUCACAUUUAGACUUGAACUGCAGCAGACUUAAUUUUAUUCCAGAAAGUUCAUUUGCUAUAGAACAAGAACUAUUUCCCUGUUUAUUUUUAUUUCUAUUUUACAGUAAGCUCACAUUGCUUCACUGGUCUGUUGUUUUUUUUUCUUUUGUUUAUUUGUUUGUUAAUAUCCUUACCAAUACUCUAGGUUAUUGAAGAAAAAUCUACCUCAUGUUUAUAUAUGUAACACAUCAAAAGAUUGUUGAGCAGUACGUAGUGUCCAUGUUUCAAACAUUCAGCAGUUAUUUUCUAUAUGUUUAAACAUUUGGUGUUAAUCUUCUAGCUCACCAGGGUGUGUGUUGAGUACUUCAAUUUUCUCUCAAUGGACUCAUUAAUGUCGUUCAUUUUGAGACAUAAACCUAAGGUCAUCUUGCAUAUACUUUAUAAAUGUGCUGAGAUUUCUCUAUGCCUAUAGAAGUGUAACAGGACACAUUUGUAAAUUAGUCCCAGUUUAGUGUGAUCUAAAACUGUAUGAUACGGUAUGUGUGACUUUCACUUUUUCUGUAGCUCUAAGAAGUAUCAGUAGUCCAAGCUAUAUGAUAUAUUUUUGGCUUGUGUACCUCACAAAUAAGGAAGACUAUAGAGUUAUAGUCCAGAUUUUAAUGAGAUGUCUCUCCAGGCAAUGUUAUCCAUAAACAGCACAUAGUGGCUUUUACAGGACGUGUUUCUGUCAAAAUAUAUGCCUUAGGCUGAAUGAGCUGAAGUCAAUUCAGAAAUGUAUAUGUCACUUUACUACCAAAACUAUAACUACAGCGAUACCUCUAGCAAGAUACAAUCAGCCUUCAGCCUUCCACACACUGUUAGAAGGCUGGUUUGAAUAAAAAGCCCCACAAAAACUGACCCUUCUCUCAGGAAGUUAGUUACAUGAUACAUCUGAUCAAAACACCAGCUAAGGACGCCUGCUGGUAGUAAUUAAGAAGCAGCUGUAAUUUCAGAGGUUUUUGUCCAAGUCAACACCCAUUUGCAGCUAUUUAAAGACAGUUUAUGAGACUAUGGAAAAUAGUCCCUUCUAAAACUGUGAAACUUGUAAAAGUAACAUGAACUUCAUGGCUGAGGCCAUGAAACCAUUGAAUUUAGCAUCAGAAAAUGAUUGCCUUAUUUGCAGUAGCAUUUAAUACAACAGGUGAGAGACUUCUAGCAUAAAAAUGUAGUUUGCACAAUAAAAGACUGUUUUGUUACACAAAUAUAUAACAUAUAUUAAAAAAGAGUAUUUAAUGUGGGUUGCUGCCUCAGAAUGGUAACAGAUAUUAUCAUUCGAACCUGUACAAGCGGUGUAAUGAGAUUUUUGAUGCAGUGUCUGAUUGUUUGGUAUCUAUCCUGCCUAAAUUUAGCCUGUACAAUGUGCAAAUCCAAAUACCAGACAACUAUAGUUCAGUGUCUUCUAGAGUUUGGCACAUUUUCCUCAGCAAUUAUUGAAAGAAUGUAUGAAAGCUGAAUCUGAAUUCAGCUUACAGAUUUGUAAUGUCUCCUAUUGAUCUACAUGUCUGUCUGGAUCUCACAUUUCACUCUCAAAUGUCUUCUAAAAAGUAUCUGUGUAUCAGACUUCUAUUUUCUAUAGGGAAAAAUCUUACAUUGUGAAUUUCAUGUGGCAAUUUCAAUUAUUUUUAAGGAAGAAAGUAAAUAAAGGGGAGGAAAAACAACAGCAGCAGAUAGCAGCGUCAGGUUGUGUAUCUUUAUUUAAUUCCAGAGCAAAAGGUAUAUAUGUAUCUAAUAACUGCACCUUCAAGUUGUAUAGAAAAGAUUGUUUUCUUACACAAUAACAACACAAAGAUUGUUUCACAGCAGUUUCUAUUUUGAAGUGAUCUGGAUGAUCCAGGACUGGUAUUUGUAUUUCUCUCUACUUCAGGAAUUCACUUUGUUCCAGAUUGUAUGCUAAAACCGAAAAGAAUAUUGACAUCGAACACUGUACUAUUUACAGUUUGAAAUAAGGUCCUGUCACUUUCUUCAUUUCCUUAUCAUUUAACAUUUCCUUCUUUCCUGCUUUGAAAUGUUGGUGAUUUUGAAGUACACAGGAACCUACCUUCAAGGACUACAAUGUAGUGUUUCCAUCUCGCAGGACUUUCUGGGUAUAAACAUGAGAAUAUAUUUGUAAAGUAUUUUUGAAACAACAUAUCAAUAAAAACAUGUUAU